AUGUUAAAUAAUGAAUUAAAUGAAUUUGUUAAGAAAGCAUAUAAACACAAUUUAUUGAGUAAAACAAUUUAAUAUAUCCUUCAAGCUCCAUUAAUAAGUAAAUUAAGAAUAAGAACAUAAGUAUUAAGUGGAUCUGUUAGUAUAGAUUAAAGUAAGAAAUAAUCAAGAAAAGUAACAAAAACAAAUGAAAAUGAGAUUAUUUAACAAUAAAAAAUUAGUGAUCAAUUUACAGGAAGAAGUAGUUCUAAACUGUCAAGCUCUAUCUUGUUAAGAUAAGAGAGAAGAAAUACAUAAUGUCAUUAAAAAUUGAUUAGAAUUUUAUCCAUUUCAUAAAAUGAAGUACCUUAAUAAUUAGCUGAUGUUUUGGGAGAAAUUAGUAAAAUUGAAUUGGAAUCUGAUGCUAAAUUAAGAUGUAAAACAAUAUAGGUUAGAAACAUAAGGAUUAAAAAAUAAUAAUUAGUUAAAUAUUUAUAAAGACAUUAUCCUGACAUUAUUUGUGAAUAAAUAGCAAAGGUCUUGAAAAUUCCUCAAAUUCUUAGUUUUAAUUAAUAUCAACAGUUGAUAAAAAAAAUUGAAAAUUUAGACUUAAAAUAAUAAAUCCGUAUCUGUUUUCUAGUAUAUGAUUUAAAUAAUUAAGCAGAAAUAACUACCCAUAAUUUAGUUGAAUUAUUAAAGCUCAAUGCUAAUCCAUCAAUUGAAUUAGAUAUUCUCCACAUGAUUAAAUAAACAAAGGUUUAGAUAUCAAAUUAGAUAAAUAAUGAUAUUAAGUAGAUGAAUCCAUUCACAUUACCACUUAGUGUAUUGAGAGUCUAAUUAGAUUAGAGUGUAAUUUUAUCAUAAAGAAGAUAUUCAGUGAUAUCAAAUGAUGGUAGAAGGAGACUCUUUGAUAAAAAUAAUUAGAGGAACUCAAUUGAUUUAAAUGUUGAAAUUGAUUAAGAUUGUACAAAUCAUUCUAGAAAUACUCCUACUAAAAAGAAAGUUAUGUUGAUUACUUAAAUAAAUAAAGAUGAAUAAGAAAUUGAUAUUUAAGGUACUAUAUAGUAUAAAUCUGAAAGAAAGAAAAAGAGAAGCAAAAUUAUGAAAGAUGAAAAUAAGAUUAGUAUAGAUUUGAAUAGAUUUCUUAAUAUAUGGUAUCCUUAAAAACCUAAUUUGUUUAAUGAUAUAAUACGAACUCUAACUGCAAAACCGUGA